AGACUGUAGACUCUACAACACAAGUGUGUACAGAUCACUGCUGGUCACACGCAUGUCUUUCUGGGAAGGUUGUUUCACUGCUCAAAAAACCUCAUGAUGCCGCAUUCUGAAGAGCAGCUUCAUGGCAUCUCCGCUGCAAAGGCUGUGUUUCCUCAAUGGACUCACAUCAGUGCUUGCCUUUUGGGUUCUUGUCAAUGAUACUGGACCCGAACGCUCUGGGCAUGUGGCUGCAUGGGAUGCCGGAGGUCAGCAAUUCCUGAUUCAUGGUGGAAGUGAUACAGAAUUCAGGCCCGAUCUGUGGGCCUACGAUGCUGAAACGGGCACCUGGGAUUUGGCACCACAACUCAAUUCGGCUGCUUUGAAACGUGGAGAGCACGUGGCUGUUUGGGAUCCAAGGGAGCUGGCGUUGUGGAUUCAUGGUGGUUUUGACGGUGUGACUUUAUUCAACGACGUUUGGAGAUAUUCGGACAAUCGCUGGAUCCACUUUGCCGGUGGACCUGGAGAAGCUCCAACGGCCAGGAGCAGCCAUGUGGCUGUGUGGGAUACAGCCCAAUCUGCCAUGUGGCUUCACGGUGGGUUGGGUGGCGAUCUUCAGGAUGACCUUUGGAAGUUUUCCUACCGAAGCCUGUCGAGUUCGUCUUGGGUUCAAAUACAUCCAAUUGACAACAGAUUACCUUCAGCGAGAGCUCAUCAUGCGGCUGCGUGGGACGAGAUCAAUUCGGCCAUGUGGGUUCAUGGUGGAUAUGACAGUCAGGGCCCUUUGCUUUGAAAGCAAACAAUCAAUUCUUUAGAUUUGGACAUUGCAGUAGCUGUUGCCCUCCUAAAGACUAGUAUAGAAACUGUCAGACCGUCCUCCCGCAGAGGAACAUCAUGUUCGAAGCCAGUUUGGGCAGUUCACACGUUGGUUCAGGAAAGGGUAUCCGG